CAAGCCUCCAGACUUCCAAGAAGACAGACCUGACAGAGCUGCAGCCAUGGGUGAGUGGGGCUUCAUCGGUGGAUUAUUUAAAGACUUCCAGACCCAUUUACCGAUGCUGGGUCGUUUCUGGCUCGUCCUCGUUUUGGUGUUUAGGAUACUAAUCCUGGGAACUGUGGCCAGUGACAUGUUUGAGGACGAGCAGGAGGAAUUUACCUGUAACACCCUCCAGCCAGGAUGUAAGCAGGUGUGUUACGAUGAGGCUUUCCCCAUCUCCCAGUACAGAUUCUGGGUGUUUCAUUUGAUCCUCAUCGCUACACCUUCUCUGCUUUACUUCGUGUAUGUAACACAUCAAGAUCACAAGAGGGCCAACAGCUCCUCGUCGAGGAAAAGGAGCAGCAGGAAGAACAGAGAAGAAAAAACUUCCAAGGCGCUCUACAUUAUCACUGUGAUCUUCCGCAUACUGGCAGAAAUCGGCUUCUUAUUUGUCCAGUGGCGUCUCUAUGGCUUUGAGGUGAAGGCCCAUUUCCAAUGUAGCCGUUCUCCCUGCCCCCUAACAGUGGAGUGCUUCACUUCCCGGCCUGCAGAGAAAACAAUCUUCCUCCUCUUCUACUUUGCUGUAGGGGUAGUAUCAGCAUUUUCCAGCAUUGUCGAGUUUCUCUACGUCUCUUGUAAGUGGUUUUGCUCAGACCAGGAGGACAGAAUCUACCACUGUGACUGCGAGAAUCUCCGCAACCACAAGCAAGAGGAUACAGAGGAGAAAUCAGGAGGAGAGACGAUGUCAGUGAGCACGGCCAGCAGUGUGAGAAUGAAGAAGGGAUCAGUGAGAAGCAGCUCCAGUCGACAGAGCUCCAGCAUCAGUCACAAGUACAAGAAUCCAAGAGGAAAAUAUGUGAGCGCCUCGAGGCUUACAUUGUGAGAGGACACAUAUGCUGCAAUCACAGCAUCCUCCUUUUUCUAUCAUAAAUUUGUGACUACAUUUCUAAUUCCCUCUACAUGUUUUCCUCUUCAUGUGUAUUAGCGACAUCAUGAAGAAACUUAUGGGAAAAUGACAAAACGAGCACAGACGAUAAGAAGGACGCAUGAGAGACAUCAUUGACUUGUUAGUUCUGCUGAAUGACGAAAGUCUGCAAGCAUUUUGACAGAAACAUUUCCUGGAAAACACUUGACAAACUUCCUUACAGGUGAUUGGUUUUUAGUCAAUGUUGCCCUUUCGUAGCUGUCAGAUUCAUCAAACAUAGAACCUCUAACCCAGCAGGGGAUUCAGGCCAUACCGAGACAAAAAUAAGACCCAAGAAACCUUGAAAAUGAGUACUAUUUUUAUAUUUCUUGGAGAGCCACGCCUUGGUCCUACUGGUUCGACUUGCUCUUCUAUCUUUUCCUUUCUCUUCUGCUUUCUCUCUCCCCUUUGUUUGUGUGAAUGUUGGCAUUUGGUUUUUGUGUUUCAGAAGUCAAGCCUCAACCUUACCUGCCCACACAUUUCCAGACUGUGGCUAAUUACUGUGUUGACUUUGCUGAUUGCUUGUUGGCUUCUUAAGGCUGAGGAGUUCCUUCAGUUGACCCCAGGCUGUUGCACCACUCAGUGUAGCUUCGUUUGCAUGCUACACUACCAGUGGGCGAGGACCCUCUGCCUAUGGUGAAGAGAGAGAAUGGCUUCCUGAGUGUUCUAGGCUUUAUUAAACUGCCUCAAAUAAAUAUACUUAUAUAUUUCCGGUGCUUUUAACACCACUUUUAAGUCCACUUUGCCAAACUCUUUAUUGACUUUCUGGUCCAGAUCUAAAAGGAGAGUGUGCUGGAGCCGAUGCUAAAUGGCACAAAGAAGGUUUCUCCUCUCAUCACAGACUAUAAGGACUACUUCAGGGCAUGCUCUGGAUCAGGGCAUCACUGAGCUCCUGGACAAACUGAGGUGCAACCUGACAGAAUCAGAUGGACUGAAACAAAAUGACCCACAUGUCAAAUGUCAGUGUUUAUCAUCCUCUUCCUUGCAUGAACAAGGAGAUACUAGUCCUGCUGGUGGAUUAAAGACCUUCUACGACCCUCUCCACCUCUGCUAGACUAAGUAACUGGCUCCUGGAAUCUCCUCCAUGCUUCUGAUCAGAUAUAUUAACAUUGUGCAUGUGUGUGUCGAGAACAACUAAAAGAAGGAAGCGAUACCUGUUCUGCAUAAAUGGGCUACGAUUCAACCCAGUCGAGGCUUCGGCAGACAAGAUUUUUAGCCACAACAAACGUCAACAAUCGUGUGUUGUUUAUUUGUUUGUUAAUUUAUUUCGAUCAUGUAAACAAUAUAAGGGUACAUUUAGCAAAGAAAAGAAGAGAAAAAAAAUAC